GAUUGGAUCCAAAGGUUGGCAACGGCCCACCAAUGAAACGCGUACUUUAAUAUAUUCUCUAUCCGAUCAUUAGUCAGGGCAGAAACGAACACAGCAGAGAGGGAGAGAGCAUGAGUUACCAGAGAGUUCCCCAAGAGCGCUACCCUCCUCCAGAGUAUUCAUCUCCAUAUCCUCCUCCUCCGGGAUACCCAUCAGCGCCGCCACCUCCGUACGAGGGGUACCCAUCUUCUCCCCUGGGGUAUCCGGCUUACCCUCCACCUCCUCGGCCACCAUAUGAAGGUUACCAAGGGUAUUUCAAUGGUGGGUAUCCUCCUCCACUACCCCAACCACCGCAGCAAUACCAGCAUUACCACUGCGAGCAUUACCAGUAUCAAGACCUGGGUACUGGCUGCUUUUCAUUUUUACAGGGCUGUUUGGCAACACUUUGUUGUUGUUGCGUGUUGGACAUCUUUCUAUGAAUGGGAUCUCACUCGCAUAUGUGUAUUUUUGCAGUUCUUGCCUUACUACUACUAUCUUCUCUCCUGUGUUGUUAGAAGAGUGCAGGGUUUGAGCUCUUUUGAUUGAAAAACAUGUUUUGGGGGUUCCGGUGAUUUGUGUUCUAUGUAUCUCUCUCCUAUUGUGAAUAGGCCUUGUACUCAUUUGAUUAUAUGUACAUUUAAACCAUAAAAAUCAAUUGCCCUAAACAAAGAUGCAACUAUUCUUACUGA